AAACAAUCACUGGGUGCAUACCGGGCCACGAAAAGUUACUCAUUAACUCAAGGCAUGACUUUAGCUAGUUUAUGAAUGUUAAGCCCAUUCCCAAAUUCUUUAGCUAUUAUUGAGCUCCAUAACAAGUUGAUUUUACGGGUUCGUCAGCUCUUAUACGAUGCUGAAACUCAAUAUUAUAUGUUUGAUUCUAUUUCUUGGUACCACCGCGAUCACUGUCGUCACCGCCACCAAACCACAACGCAUCCAUCACUACCGGCAUCAAAGGAGGCACCUUACCGAUGCACGGGACACAACUGGAUUCAUAAGCAUUGAUUGUGGGACAAAUGCAAGCUACACAGAUAGUUCUACAACAUUGUAUUACACACCCGAUGAACAUUAUAUUGACAGCGGAAUUAAUAUGGACAUUCUUCCAGAAUACAAAUCAGACAACUUCAAGCAGCAGUACACAAAUCUCAGAAGCUUUCCGGAGGGAACCAAGAACUGCUACACUCUAAAACCAUCUCAAGGGAAAGGCAGAAACUAUUUGAUCAGAGCUUUUUUUAUGUAUGGAAACUACGAUUCCUUAAAUAAACCUCCAACAUUUGAUCUACUCCUAGGGGUUGACUUAUGGGACACUGUGAAGUUAGAUAGUUCAUCUAAGAGAGUGAGGAAAGAAAUCAUACACACACCAUCCACUGAUUUCUUGUAUGUGUGUGUCGUGAAUACAGAUUCAGGCACACCUUUUAUAUCAGGAUUAGAACUAAGGCAUCUAACUGACUCCAUCUAUAGAAGGGACUCUGGCUCGCUUGAUCUUCUACAUCGACAUUACUUUUCGUUGAACUCGAGUAAAAUAAGAUACAAGGAUGAUGUCUUUGACCGCAUUUGGUCACCUGGACACCCAACUUCAGGGAGCUUCAUUCAGACCAUGUCCGAAGUUGACUCGGAUGGCUAUUCAUUGCCAUCACCAGUUAUGAAAGCAGCCUUUGUACCAGAAGAUAAUCAACCUAUAGAAUUACUCUACAGGCUAACAAGUGGUAUAAGCACAGAAUUUUACUUCUUCCUCCAUGUUGCUGAGAUUUCAAAACUUCCUAAAGGUGAAGUCAGGGAACUUGCUAUCUCUUCAAAUGGCGUGCAAAAACCCAUCAUCUUUACACUGCCUUACCUACAAACUACAACCUUUUAUAACCAGAAACCAAUUACUGACUCCUAUCUUAAUAUUACCAUCCAAAGAACCAAUAAUUCUACCCUUCCUCCAAUAGUGAAUUCCAUUGAAGUGUUUAACGUAAAAAAAAAUUCAGAACUGUCCACUGAUGCAGCAGAUGUUCUUGCUCUCAACCAAAUCAAGUCAUUCUAUAAGCGGAUGAACAAUUGGCAAGGAGAUCCAUGCUUUCCAAAGAGUUACCCAUGGGCUGGUGUGGUCUGCAACUAUUACAGUUCCAUUUUCUCCAAAAUAACAUCAGUGAAUCUUAGUUCAAAAGGCCUUACAGGACAUAUUGCAGCGUCAUUUGCUGGUCUUACAUCGUUACAAAUCUUGGAUUUGUCAGACAACAACCUCACUGGGAUGAUACCUGAGCUUCUUGCAGACUUGCCAAUGUUAAAAACCUUAAACAUUUCAAAAAAUAACUUCACUGGUUCAGUUCCUGAACUUCUGUUAGAAAAAUCUGCAGCAGGAACACUGUCUUUAAGUGUGGAAAACAUUCCAGGUCUAUGUUCGAGCAGAUCCUGUACUUUGAAGAAGAAGAAAAGUAAAGCACACGUAGCUCAUGUAGCAUCAAUUUCUGCUCUAUUGGUUCUACUUGUUGCAGGUUGCAUCAUAUGUUUUAUAUACAAGAAACGUAUUGCUAGACUGUAUGAAAGACCAAGUCCACACCACGGCAAAAGGAAGGGUGAAUUCACACGGUUUACCAAUUCCGAGUUAACAAGCAUGACUAAUGCCUUCCAAAGAGAACUAGGAAAGGGUGGGUUUGGAGUAGUUUACUAUGGUUGCCUAAAUGAUGGCACGGAAGUGGCUGUUAAAAUGAUGUCUCAAACAAUCCACGCUUCUGAACAAUUCAAAAUAGAGGUUGAACUCUUAAUGGAUAUUCGUCAUAAAAACUUGGUUUCUCUAAUUGGAUACUGUGAAGAAGAAACAAACUUAGCUCUAGUUUAUGAGUAUAUGGCUGGUGGAAACUUGCAAUCUAAUCUGUCAGCUUCGAAGCCACUAAGUUGGAAAUUGAGGCUCCAGAUAGCAUUAGAUUCUGCACAAGGACUGGAAUACUUGCACAACGGUUGCAGGCCCCCUGUAGUCCACAGAGAUGUGAAAACGCAAAAUAUCUUAUUAGAUAAAAAUCUCCAGGCAAAGAUAGCAGAUUUUGGUUUGUCCAAAAUUUUCCCAGAUGAAACUCGAACCCAUGUAUCCACAAGGGUGAUUGGUACACCAGGUUAUCUCGAUCCUCAGUAUCAUGAAACAGAGCAUUUGAAAGAGAAAAGUGAUGUAUACAGUUUUGGGGUGGUUCUAUUGGAGUUAAUCACAGGUAAAGAGGCAAUGGUGAAUAUUAAAGAAAAAGUUGGAACGUUGGUUCAAUGGGUGAUCCCCAUUCUUGAAACGGGGGAUAUGAGGGAAAUCCUGGAUGGAAGGUUGCAGGAAGUUCAGAACACGAAUUCUGUUUGGAGGGUAAUAGAUAUAGCUAUGGCGUGUGUGAAGCGAACUGCAAUGGAUAGGCCAACAAUGAGUCAGAUUGUCACUGAAUUGAAAGAGUGCUUAGCUAUGGUGAUGAACACUGAACAUGAUACAACAGUUCCUGAUGAUUCGACAGAAAUGUGCCUAGUGACCGCGAACACAGAAAUGGCUCCAGAAGUAAGAUAACAAUAAGAGUCCCAUAAUUUGUUAUUUGCUUAAUUGAAUUGCAGACAUAUGUCUUCCUAUUUCGGCCCUGUUGCAUAACUUUCAUUGCUUUGUGUGAAACACAAUUAGUACUAUUUUCGUUACCUAUACUUUUUGUGAUGUGGAAUCAGAUUACAAAUAUACAUAUGCUGGUUUCUUUUUUCUUUGGUGGUUGUGCAGGCUUAAUAGCUACUUAGAUCUCUGUGAUAGAUUACUAAACGAGUGGCUAGGUCACGAAAGUGGAAACUGGAAGCUUUCCAUUUUACCAGUCAAUUUGCAUUGAUC